GACGCUUCAGUCGCUGCGCUCGGCGGCGGGCGCGGAGCGGAGCAAGCGCCGGUAGAGCGGCGGCUCCCGGGAGUCGCAGGCGGGCGGGCGAGCGGGCGGCGUCGCCAUGUCGCACGGGCACAGCCACGGCGGGGGCGGCUGUCGCUGCGCCGCCGAACGCGAGGAGCCGCCCGAGCAGCGCGGCCUGGCCUACGGGCUGUACCUGCGCAUCGACCUGGAGCGGCUGCAGUGCCUCAACGAGAGCCGCGAGGGCAGCGGCCGCGGCGUCUUCAAGCCGUGGGAGGAGCGGACCGACCGCUCCAAGUUUGUGGAAAGUGAUGCAGAUGAAGAGCUUCUGUUUAAUAUUCCAUUUACCGGUAAUGUCAAGCUCAAAGGCAUCAUCAUAAUGGGAGAGGACGAUGACUCACACCCCUCUGAGAUGAGACUGUACAAGAACAUCCCACAGAUGUCCUUUGAUGACACAGAAAGGGAACCUGAUCAGACCUUCAGUCUGAACCGAGAUAUUACAGGAGAAUUAGAGUAUGCUACAAAAAUUUCCAGGUUUUCAAAUGUCUAUCAUCUCUCUAUUCAUAUUUCAAAAAACUUUGGAGCAGAUACCACGAAGAUCUUCUAUAUUGGCCUGAGAGGAGAGUGGACUGAGCUUCGUCGGCAUGAGGUGACCAUCUGCAAUUAUGAAGCAUCAGCUAACCCAGCAGACCACCGGGUGCAUCAGGUCACCCCACAGACACACUUCAUUUCUUAAGGGCUGCCCGGCUCCCUCAGAUGCACUGUGAGUGAAGAUGUACAACCACCUGCUGGGAAGGACUGAGGAGGCUCCAGCAAGAGUUGCCUGCUGCAGCCUCGGCCAGGCUCUGUCUUGGGGUUGCUGCAGGAACCUGGCCUGUGGAAACUGCCUCACCACCAGGAGCGGUGUAGGUGCCAAGGGACAGUUGUUCUCUAAGGCACUGCAGAAAUGGGCUUAGGCUGAGUGGCAUCUGGAAGUCAUGAAUAACAUUUGCUUUUCCAGUCAGUGUGGCCAUGGGAUCCCAAGUGUCUUGUUGCUUGUGGCAGGUUUUUUGUGUGAUUUGUCCUUUUUUAAAAAGGGAAGCUUCCUCGGCUGCAGGAAUCCUCCUGAAACCCGAGUUUUGUGUUUGUGUUAGCUAUCAGGAAGAUCUUCAACUAGAAACACAUGUCCCUGCUUGCUCCUCCUCCCUGUCAUUGCUCAGCAUUUGUGUCAGGGUGCCCAGCUGGUGUCAUAUGUCACACACAAGUGUCCCGUGAAGGUGGUUGGAAAGGAAGGAGUCUCCUGGUAAAUGACUGCUUGGGGGAGGUCUCUUCUCACUGUCUAGCCAAGCAGGUGGGAGAACAUGGAGUUGUUUUUCUGUGUCAGGGACCUGGUUGGGGUAAAAUUGGGAUUUACUAGAGAUUACCCCCGGGACCUCCUUGGUGUUUACUUGCUUCAAACUUGUGUUGUAAACUCAGUGCUGGAAUCUGGAGACCAUGGUUCUUCUGUUCAUGGCUUUUAUUCACUGUGACUAAUGAGCUUCCUAAUAAAUUCUUGUCAGACUUAA